AUUUAAUUAAAAUAAUGAAGUCAAAAUUAUUUUUUAAAGUUUAUCAUAAUGUAUAUUUAAGAGCAAUAAUAUUUAAAUAUAUAAAACUAUUUAAUAUAUUUAAUGCUAAAAGAGAAUUUUCAUUAGAAUCAAUAAAUAGUUUUAAAUAUAAAGAGUAUCUAAAUCAUAUUAAAAUCAAUCUAGAAGAUUCAAAAUUCAGUCCCCAAAUUCUAGAAAAAUCAAUUCCAAGGAAUAUAGAAUCACUAGAAAUAUUUUUCAAUCUCCAACUCACACCAACAUUUACACUCCAAGAUAUGUUGCCAACACUCCAAUAUACUUUGCCAGAAUUCCAAAAUGCUUUUCCAGCAUUCCAAAAUUCUUUUCCAACAAUCUAUAAUGCUCUUAUAGGACUCCAAAAUGAUUUCCCAACACCCCAAUAUGCUUUUCAAACACCCCAAAAUGCUUUUCAAACACCCCAAAAUGCUUUUCCAACAUUCCAAAAUGCUUUGCCAACACUCCAAAAUGUUUCCCCAACACCCUUGGGCCAAGUACAACCGAAUUUAAGAGUAAUACCAAAUAUACCGGAAUCAAUAAAGAUACUAAAGAUAGAGAAUUUUUAUGAUAUACCAAACCAAUAUGAGUUUAGUAAUUUAAACCAAUUAAAAAAUCUUCAUACUUUAGAAGCCAAGUUUCUACCGAUAUUACCAAACUCUUUACCAGAAUCAUUAACAUCUCUAUUCAUCACAAAAUAUUCAUAUGUAAUACAAAAAGGCACAUUACCAAAGAACUUAAAGAAUCUUUAUGUAACUUUUGACUCUCUUAAAGAGCAUGAAUGUCCCAUAGAGAAAGGUUCACUACCAGAUACCUUAGAAGUUUUAAAAAUAAUGGGAAGUUUUAAUUUUUUGGUCGAAAAAGGUACAUUCCCAAAUAAUCUACAACAGUUAGAGAUUGUUCCCAAAUGUACAGUUCAGCUUUAUGAAGAUUUUUUCCCGCCAUCACUUACCCGUCUAUCUAUACAGCUAAGUGAACUAAAUAUCCAGCUACCUAACAAAUUAAAUUUUUUAUCACUAUUUCUCGAUAAAAAUCUUGACAAGGAUUAUACUUUUGCACCAUCUUUAGAAUUCUUGAUAAUCGAUACAAAAUCAAUUACUCAUAAAAACAUACCAUCCAAUCUAUCAUGCCUCAUUUUUGGAUAUAGUUUACGUCCUUCCCUUAUAGAUACUUUUGGUAUAUCCAUCUUACCUAAAACCAUUACAUCAAUAGACUUUGGCUACUUUUUUAAUAAACCACUGGAACCAAAAGCUUUUGAAGGCUGUAACAAUCUAAGAUCUAUCAGAUUUGGCUUAAGUUUUAACCAGAGACUGUAUCCCACUAAUGUUUUCCCAGAAAGUGUCACAAGUAUUAUUUUCAAAAACUUUGAUAAUGGGGGCUUUCCAUUAGACGAUGACUUUACGUUCCCAAAAGCUUUAAAGUACAUCGAUUUUGGUAUUAUGUUUGAUCAAAUGAUUGGAAUAAACACAUUUUCAAAGUCUGGUAAUCUUAAAUCCAUUAUACUAGGAUCUGCAUUCAAACAAAAAAUAUUGGAUAACUCUAUACCAGCCAGUGUAACAUUACUAGAGCUUUCAAAUAGCAAAUAUGAGUAUUCUUUUAAACCAAUUGACCCAAACAACACUAAUGUAAAGCUGAACAUUUUUAAAAACGUUAUUCUUAAAUCACCAUUCAAAGAAAUGAUAACAUCCAUUGAAUACUCUCCCAAUGGAUAUUUCCCAAACUUAUCAGAAGGACACUAUCAAUCGUUUCCAACAACAUUAAAGCACCUUAAACUUCCAUUUGACUUUAACGAUCCAAUUGAAAAAAUAUCUCUAACCGAUAAAUGCCAACUCGAGUAUUUAGAAUUCGACUUUUCAUUCAACCAGCCACUAUUCAGAGAUUACCUACCAAUGGAAAACUCAAUUAAAACUUUGGUUUUGGGGGAGGAUUUUGAUCAAAUACUUGUAUUGGAAUAUUUUAAAAAAUUAGAAACAUUAAAAGUUUAUGGAAAGCCAAAGCUAAUAUUAAAGGCAAAUACUACAACUUUGUACUCAACUCCAAUCAAAAAAAAUAAAGAUCAUGAUAUAUUAAUGAAUUAUCUCAUCACUGGAAAGGAACCAAGCAUCAAAGAUGAAGAGGAUACAGAUAAAGAUUUGGGUGAUGAAGAAAAAGAAGAUAUAUGUGAAAAUCAAGAUGGUAAUAUAUUUUACAAUUUAAAAUUAAUAGAAACACCUGUAGACAAUACCAAAUUUUUAGACUCGUUAAAUCCCAUCUUCUUUAGGUUUUUAAAGCUAACAAAAAAACCAUUUAAACUAUUUGCGUUCUAAAAAAAGAAAAAUAAUUUAAAAAAGAAUAUAAUUAAAAUGAAACAAUAGUAUUUUUGUAUAAUAAACCAAUAUAUAUGUUUAUUUUUUUUAAUAU